ACAGCACACAAAAUCACACACAACCAAUUCUUUGUCUGCCUGUUAUUUCCCUUUUAAUUUCCUAUUUGUGUCAGUCCAAAGUUGUCGAAAGAGAGAUGACUGGGAUUUCAAAGGAGGAAGAGAGUGUAACUCUUGAACUUCUUAGAAAGAAAAUGGAAGAUUUUGCUAAAGAAAGAGACUGGGAAAAAUUUCACAGCCCCAGAAACCUUCUUUUGGCUCUGGUGGGAGAAGUUGGAGAACUCUCAGAAAUAUUUCAGUGGAAAGGAGAAGUUCCAAAAGGGUUGCCUGAUUGGAACGAAAAGGAGAAAUUACAUCUUGGUGAAGAACUUUCUGAUGUUUUGCUAUACCUCGUUAGGCUUUCUGAUAUUUGUGGGAUUGAUCUUGGCAAAGCUGCUCUUCGUAAAGUUGAACUUAAUGCCAUUAAAUACCCUGUUAAUCUCUGCAAAAGUUCUUCAAACAAAUGCAAUGACGAAGCCGGUAAUUAAAUCGCUAAUUAACCGAGUUGCAUAUAAACUGGUCAUUUUAUAUUAUGCUAAAUAUGGUAAGUUAGGUGUCAUAGGAGUUGAGAGAAAGUGGACUUACAGUAGCAGUGGAUGUUUGUACUUUCAUGGAAGAUCUUUGGCAUUUAUUUUCUCAUUGAUUUUGGACUGUCUUGGCAGUUGAAACUAUAUCUUUUUUUACGCCGAUCUAUUCAAUGUGCUUUCCCAAAUCUGAUAAAAUUUCAUCUUACUUUUUGAUGCAUAAGUUUUGUUCAGUUCAAUUAUAGCAAUCUCCUAUCUAGAUUGCCAUUGGAAAUAGACUCUCUAUUUAGGUAGACAGAGACAUUUAGAAUUCAAAUUUUAUGGUUUCUACUGUUAAGAUUUAUAGCAGUAUUCUCUCGAAUUA